CACACAGAAUACAACUGAACCAAUCUAUUUCGUUCUGUCCCCGAUUCCGAUUAUUUUGUUUAUUUAUAAUUUUUUAAAAGCCAUGGCGUAUUUUGUUUUGAAAAUGUUACAAAAAUCCCGCAUGCGAAAAUCAAGAGAAGAAACCGAAUUAUUGAAAGAGUUUUCAGUUCCUGAAAUUAAGAAGCUGAAGAGCAUACGAAGUAGCAAUUAUUAUGUUACGAGAUGCAGAGCUUGCUUGAAGAAAGGGAAAAUAUCUUUACUGAAGAAAAGCUCCUCGAAUAUUGUAGAGGCUUUGAAAAAUAUCUGUAAAGUUAACAUUGAUUGCGAUGAUUCCAGUAAGACGCCUAAAUAUAUCUGCUCUUCUUGUUACCUUUUGCUCAAAGGAUGUCUAAAGUUUUGCGAAAUGGUGCAAAAAUCUGAUAAAAUAAUUAAUGAGUCUAUCAAAGAAACAGAAACUCUACCAAUAUAUAAUAAUGUAAGUGAUAAUUAUCGAUUUAGUGAAUCUGAUGAAGAAUACAUUAAACCAGAGCCUUGCAAUAAGGAAGAUAAAGAAUCUAAAUGUUUUGAGAAUGCAGAAUCAAAGAAUAGUUUUGUAGAAAGUGAUGAAGAAUAUAAAGAACAGACAUCUAAGGGUAAAGUCAGGUGUAAAAUAUGCAACAAAGAAGUUACAAAAUAUUAUAUAAAAAAUCAUUUGACCCUCCAUGGAGUUGGCACUAAGAAAGAAAAGGUAAAGGUUGAAUGCAAGCUUUGUAAGAAAACCCUUGAAAAAGCAUACUACAAGAAGCAUUUAGAAGGUGUACAUGGUAAACCAGACCACUCAAACUAUGUGUGCUAUGUUUGUGGGAAAACAUUUAAAUAUCAGAGUGGCUACAAGAGCCAUGUUUUGUCCCAUGGCAAUGAGUUUCCAUACAAAUGUCAACUGUGUCCUUAUCGUGGAAAACAUUCAGCUUUAUUGAAAGUCCACAUGAGAACGCACACUAGAGACUACAGGUUUCAGUGCACAGACUGCCCGGCUAGGUUUCUCACCAGUGGCAACCUUCACAAGCACAUGUUGAAACAUAAAGAGAAGAAAUUUAAAUGUGACUCUUGUGCAAAAGCUUUUCAUACUAAAGUUGAAGUGGAGAGGCAUUUCCAAUCAGACCACUUGGGUAUAAAGAACCAUGUGUGCAAUAUAUGUGAGAAAGCUUUUGGGUACAGAAGUGCCAUGAUGAAGCAUCAGUUACAUGUGCACAAGAGACAGAAGAUGCUGAACGGCAGAAUGCCCUCCUACCUACUUGAAGAGAGAAAAGAACAGGAAGACCCAUCACAACCACUGUCUGAAUGUUUUGAAUAAGGAUUAUUUAUUAUGUAAAAAUAUAAAUAAAAAUCAUAAAUAUA